AUGCACUUCUCAACUCACAUCGGAGAAUUGUUUGAGCAAGCAUGUCCACCUUCAUGUCAUCCAAAAGGUGAAAAUGCGAAUAUUGUGCACGUGGGAUCUAUUAUAAAGUUAGUUUCUCAGCGUUUCAUUGUCGUGCAGCUCUCAAUUCAGGCUAUGGAAUUAAUAUUAUGGGGUAUUUUGUCAUUUGGUUGUCAAAACAACAAUUGUACUUCCAUGCCUACAUCCAUCUGUGUUCAUUUUUUAAAACAAAAAUUAAGUACUGCUGUUCUGAUCUUUUGUUGCCUUUGCCCUCCUGCAGUGUCUCUGUCCAAGUGUGAGACCUGA